AUUAAAGAAAGAAAGUGUCGUCUGCUUUCGAAAUUGCAAGUUGCAAAAAUGAGUCAAAGUUGAUUUGAAGCAGUUGAGGAUUAAAAAAACGGAGAUGACAUUCUAAAUUGAGCUGAACCCUGAAGAAUUGCUGGUUUGACCGGUCGAUUACUUCCAUCAUCGCCAUCAUCAUCUUCUUCCUGAAAUGAUUAGAAACUUCGGAGAGGAGGAGGAGGAGGGGGGACUUAGAAAUCGUCUCUUUUGGCAUCACCAGUGAAAACGAGACUGUCCGAAAGAAAGACGGAACCUGACACACGAUGAUCAACUACUGCGAUAGCACUAGUGACAGGAUCUACUGGUGCGGAAUGCGGGUGCUCGGCAGCAACUAUACACGUACGCAUUUUUGAAAAGAGAAAAAAACAAAAUCCAGCUGCAACGAAUGAUAAUAACAACUGCAGGGGAAUAGCAGUCGAGAAAAUGCUUGUUUUUUGUUUCAUUCUUCCCAUCUCGUCAUCAUAUUUUCACCGAAUUAGCAAGUCAGAUGAUGUUGAUGGUCGCGUUGACGACCGAGAGAAACCAAUCGAUCACAUUUCUUCUUUCCUCGGUGCACGCCGCGUCAACAACGCCAGUCAAAAUGAAAUUAAUGUCAUCGUUGUGAAUUCGGAGAGAGACGAAAAAAUAAGGUGGGGAGACGGAGUAGGUACCCCGUCUGGAUUAGUUACAUGGCUGCGAGUAGAACGGGCUUUCCCUUCUUUCGACCCCCAUCGAGAGUGGGACGACUUUUUGGCUAGAGCUCCCGGUUCGAUGCUGCUGUGAUUUUUCUCCUUUUCUUUCCAAGAAGAAAACUCCGCCUCCUCUCUUGUAUAAUAACACACCAAACUCCUUGGGCAACGUGUGUCUGUUGUGUUCCCCGUCUGAGAAGCUGCUUCCCCACCACCCCGUCACCCACCUUGGGUCUCCGACUAUAUAACCGAGUCGGCUUUGGGUCUUCAGCCGUGGUCACUAUCAAACCUUGACUCUCGAUUGAGCUUGUGCUUCUCGUCUUGCCCCAGUCCUACCAGCAACUCAGCAACAACACUGCCACUGAGCUUGGGUUUUUAUUUUUCUGGCUUUGUUUGUUAUUAUCCGAAACGCUCCCGUGGUUCAUCACACCUCAAACGGGAUCACAAGGAUCUCCACAGAGAUUGAAGAUGUCGAACCACUUUCUAGUGACCAUAUGUGCAAUCGUCUUCAUCGCCGGGGGAGUGCGGAGCGUUCCCCUGAUGAUGAACAUGCCCCAAAUCAGCAAAAUGGAGGUGCAGUGCGCCAAAAGUGGCAUGAGCGUCGAAGUCGAGUUUGAUCUACCCUUUGAUGGCAUCAUUUUCAGCAAAGGACAUUUCUCCGAUCCGGCUUGCAGGUACGUGGCAUUAGGUAGCAACCGCUCAAAGUAUUCGUUCGUCGUUCCGGCCGAAGGUUGCGGGACAAUUGCUGUGGACGGCACUCAGUCCAACAUCCUCAUUUUUCAAUCGGAUCCCAUCGUUCAGGAAAUAUGGGACGUAUCACGAAAGAUCAGUUGUCGGCUGUCGGAAAGGAUCACCAAAUACGUUACCUGGAGCCCGUUGACUGUCGAAAUGCUCGAUGUCCAAAGCAGCGGAAAGAGUGGAGAAGUGGAUUGCUGGAUGGACGUUAUGAAAGGCGUUUAUCCUGCCACGAAACCGAUUGACGGAAACUUGAAAAUUGGAGAGGAACUGAGUCUUAUCAUUUACUUGAGAGAUCUCUACGGCUUGUACGAUAUGGCCGUUCGUGACUGCUGGGCUUACGACGACAGUAGCAUUGAUGUGGAAUCCACUUUAAAGUUGCAACUCACAUCGACAGAUGGAUGCGCCAAGAAGCCCAAAUUGAUGCAUUUCUGGCGGCGAACGGACCAAGUGGGUGACAGCAAUGCAACGCUUGUUACUUAUUCCAACAUUACGGCCUUCCGCUUCCCAACGAAAAGUGAAGUUUACUUUACCUGUAACGUUGACAUCUGCGAGGGGUCAUGCAAUCAGCGCAACUGCGUUGAAGAAGAGUCGCAGAUUAGCGUCGUGACCAAACCGCCCACCGUCGUCACGACUCGCCCGACUACCACGGUUGCCCUGGCCGUUCAAACGACGACAAUUGCCCCUAUCGCAGAGACGACGACGCCAAGGCGACCGACAGAGCCCUCGGUUGAAGCGACUACUCCGCUGGAUUGCCUUUCGAAUCCGUUUGAUUACAGGUGCCCAACAACGACCAGAUCCCCCGUCAGCAUCCCCAACUGCAACUUGAGACCCGAAGAUCCCAGAUGUCCGCCACAGUUAACCCAAAGACCUUGCUUUCCUGGUGCGGAUUAUCCUGGAUGUCCGCCUCCACCUCCGCCAUCAACAACGCUCGCACCGCCUGUCACGCCAGUGGUUUGUUUCCCAGGCUCCAACGAUCCCAGAUGUCCAACAACGACCAGCCGGCCUAUUGUUGUAACGACUCUGCCUCCUCUGCCACCUCCGCCCUUCACGACACCUGGUUGUUUCCCAGGAUCGACUUCACCGGGAUGCUCAACAGCUCCAACGGUCCCAACUCCACCGACUUGCUUUCCAGGAUCUAAUCAGCCUGGAUGUCCAACGACGACUAGUUCGCCAAUCAUCACUGAGCCUCCAACAACCUGCGUCCCAGGCUCUUACAAUCCGCAAUGUCCACCUCCCGUCUGCGUCCCAGGUUCUAAUAAUCCGCAAUGCCCACCUCCCAUCUGCGUCCCAGGUUCUAAUAAUCCGCAAUGUCCACCUCCCAUCUGCGUCCCAGGUUCUAAUAAUCCGCAAUGUCCACCUGAAAUCCCACUCAGAACUACGACAGCACGCCCACCGUGUGUUCCUGGAUCGAAUCUCCCGGGAUGCCCGACGACAGCAACUCCAGUUCUACCGACUACAACGGAAGCGACAACGGUUCCUCCCUGUUAUCCCGGAUCAAAGAAUCCCAAAUGCAUCACCCCCGCAACAAUAACUACUACGCCGUCACUGCCUGAUUGCUCUCCUGGAACGAACGAUCGUAGGUGUCCACUUAUAAUCACUACACCAGCACCAUUGGUCUGUCGACCAGAAUCCAAAGAUCCCAGAUGCCCUACUACACCGCAGCCGCCCCCUGUAUGUUAUCCUGGAUCAAAUGAUCCAAGGUGUCCAACUACAACAACAGUUGCUCCAACAACCAGCACUACAACAACUCCGGUUCCUCCAGUUUGCUUCCCAGGUUCUACCGACCCCAGGUGCCCUACAGCUCCGCCCAAAAUUACAACGCCAUCACCGCCUGCCUGCCUUCCUGGGUCAAAUGAUCCCAGAUGCCCGACUGAAAGGACAACAACAACGCCUUCUCCUCCAGUCUGUGUGGUUGGAUCAACCGACCCAAGAUGUCCAACUACAACCACUGCCAAAACAACACAGCCACCUCCAGUUUGCACUCCCGGUUCGACCGAUCCACGCUGCCCAAAGACAACACCAGCCCCACCAGUUCCACCAACAACACCCAUCACAACUACAACCACAACUCAGCAACCUUUGAUUUGCACUCCUGAAUCGAAUGAUCCCCGCUGUCCAACGACAAUCCCGACAACGAAAGCGCCUCAGAUUUGCGUGCCUGGAUCCAAAGAUCCUCGCUGUCCUCAACCACCUCCAACUUGUACACCGGGAUCUCCACUGUGUCCACUGCUACCGUCUACACCGCCAUCAACAGUAGCAACAACUACUACCACCACCACCACCACACAACCCCCAUUAGUUUGCAUACCCGGGUCGACUGAUCCUCGUUGCCCGACUACUUCAACACAGCGUCCUUUUAUUUGUACCCCUGAUUCAAAGGAUCUGCGCUGCCCAACAACAACAGUCGCAACAACGCAACCGCCUCUGGUAUGUAAACCGGGAACCAAGGAUCAGCGUUGCCCACCACCGCCAUCCACGACUUCCACAACCACAACUCAGCGUCCAUUUGUUUGCAUUCCCGGAUCGAAUGAUCCACGUUGUCCAACAACAGCGGCAACAACUCAGCCACCCGCGAGAUGCAUUCCUGGAACAAACGAUCCUCGCUGCCCAACGACAGCAACAACAACACAACCACCAUUAACUUGUAAUCCAGAAUCCUCAGAUCCAAGAUGUCCUACUUCUCCUCCCAUAUGUGUUCCAGGUUCAAGCGAUCCUCGCUGCCCUGCCUCUACCGUCACCACCACCACAGUCAGAACUACCACACAGACUGUUACAGCCGCUCCUGUCAGUACCACUACACGGAAGCCAUCAACAGCCGCUUCCGUCGUUGACGAUCCUGGAAAGCCCGGUUGGGAAGGAGCCGAUCCUAGAUAUCACGCCUUCCAUUCCUGGUUGUACCAGCCAGCACCAAGACCAAGAGGCAACAAGAUAAAAACUUCGUUGAAGACAGCUAGCAACAUUUGAUUUUUGUUUAAAUUUUCUUGAUAAAAUUGGAUUGAAAUUCGUUUCCACCACUGUUUUUCUGUGGAUCUGCAAAAUUUUUUAUUGUUCAUUAAUAGGCUAAGGCAGUCAGCCAAAAACUUUUUCGUGUAUAAGACGAAUUUCUGAAUAAACGAUGCGAUAUUUUUCGGAAAUAAA